CGCGCGCUUCCCGGAACAGCCCGCGCGGAGGGAAGAGAGGAAGAAAAUAAAACCCGCGGCCAGAGGCCAAGCUGGAGCUGCCGCCGCCGCCGCCGCCUCGGCCGUCUGGAGCUCCCCCGCGCGGACGAUGCCCGCGGUGCCCGCGCGGGACUCGGGGCGGUGAGGCCCGGGGCGCGGGGUAGCUAUGGCGACCGCGAGCGCGGCCCGCGGCGCCGCUUGACAGGUGUGGGCCCCGGCGGCGGCGGCGGCGGCAGCGGCGGCGGCGCGGAGCAGCAUGUACGCCAAGGGGGGCAAGGGCUCGGCCGUGCCCUCCGACAGCCAGGCCCGCGAGAAGUUGGCGCUGUACGUGUACGAGUACCUGCUGCACGUUGGUGCCCAGAAGUCAGCCCAGACCUUUCUGUCCGAGAUCCGAUGGGAGAAGAACAUUACGCUGGGGGAGCCCCCGGGCUUCCUGCAUUCCUGGUGGUGCGUGUUCUGGGACUUGUACUGUGCAGCGCCCGACCGCAGAGAGGCGUGCGAGCACUCAAGUGAGGCCAAGGCCUUCCAGGACUACAGCGCUGCAGCCGCCCCCAGCCCUGUGAUGGGGAGCAUGGCCCCCAACGAUGCAUUGGCAGCAGGCCCCAUGGCACCCGGCUUCUUCCAGCCCUUCAUGUCACCGCGGUUCCCGGGGGGCCCCCGACCCACCCUGCGGAUGCCGAGUCAGCCUCCCGUGGGCCUCCCCGGCUCCCAGCCCCUCCUUCCUGGCGCCAUGGACCCCUCCCCACGAGCUCAGGGGCAUCCGAGCAUGGGCCCAGUGCAGAGAGUGACGCCUCCACGGGGCAUGGCCAGCGUUGGGCUCCAGAGCUACGGAGGUGGAAUGCGGCCCCCGCCCAACUCGCUCGCCGGCCCAGGCCUGCCCACCGUGAACAUGGGACCCGGAGUGCGAGGCCCGUGGGCCAGCCCCAGUGGCAACUCGAUUCCCUACUCUUCCUCCUCCCCCGGCACUUACUCGGGACCCCCAGGAGGAGGUGGGCCCCCUGGAACCCCCAUCAUGCCCAGCCCUGGAGACUCCACCAACUCCAGCGAGAACAUGUACACCAUCAUGAAUCCCAUCGGGCCUAGCGCGGGCCGGGCUAACUUUCCCCUGGGCCUUGGCCCCGAGGGCCCCAUGGCCGCCAUGAGUGCGAUGGAGCCUCACCACGUGAACGGAUCCCUGGGCUCGGGCGACUUGGACGGGUUGCCGAAGAGCUCCCCCGGCGCCGUGGCCGGCCUGAGCAACGCCCCGGGCACCCCGCGUGAUGACGGCGAGAUGGCGGCCGCCGGGACCUUCCUGCACCCGUUCCCGAGCGAAAGCUACUCGCCCGGGAUGACCAUGAGCGUGUGAUGGGGCAGCAGCCCCGUGCCCACUGCCGGCCUUGGCUUCUGCCGAGCACCCCUGCCCAGGGUCAAGGUCCAGGGGCUCGGGUGGUCUGCAGGGUGAGGGUCUGAGGUCACACCUCAGGCAGCUGGACUCCCAGUCAAGGCUUGGACGGCUGGGAGGCCGCGCACGCAGGACUCUGAUUUUAUUAAAAAACGCAAGGACCUCAGAAACAUUCUUUCCUAUGUGGGCCCUUCCACCAUUUCUGUUUUGGCCUGGGGGGCUCCUUGGGGGACUGCCUUUCCCCUGGACAGCAAGGGGUGGGCCCCCAUCAAUAAAUGUAACUGGGUUUUGGUAUUUGGUA